CCUGGGCUCUUCAGUGUGAGUCUGUGCGUCUGCCUGAUGGUCUCUGGGUGUGUCGUCAAGGAGUGCCUUUCCCCUGUUUCUUAGGCUGGCUGGCUCCCUCUCUCCUCCCCGCUGCCUCCCCAACUCCCUGGCUCCCUCCCUCUCUCUUGUGCGGAGACUUUUGGCCCAAGUCCCUGAGCCCAAGCGGGUGCAACUGGAGGGCGCUGGAGGGGUGAGGUUACGUCUCCCUGGAGUCCCGCGCCACUGGCUUUUCAGAGACUCGCCAGGAGCCUGAGGCCAGAGUCCCAGACCUCGCCGACUGUGCAGUCCUCCGCCCUCCCUGCACCGGCCGCCUCGCCCAUGUCUCAGUACGCUCCCAGCUCGGACUUCAAGAGGGCUUUGGACAGCAGUCCCGAGGCCAACACUGAGGAUGAGAAGACCGAGGAGGACGUGCCCAUGCCCAGGAACUACCUGUGGCUCUCCAUCGUCUCGUGUUUUUGCCCCGCUUACCCCAUCAACAUCGUGGCUUUAGUCUUCUCCAUCAUGGAUGUUUGUCAUCACCAGCUCUUCCUUUGUGUCCCCCAGUCUCUGAACAGCUACAACGACGGAGACAUUGAAGGAGCCAGGCGUCUCGGGAGGAAUGCCAAGUGGGUGGCCGUCGCCUCCAUCAUCAUUGGCCUUCUCAUCAUCGCUAUUUCUUGUGCAGUUCACUUCACACGGAAUGCCUGAGCAGCCAGCAGUCGGCCACAAGCACUGGAGAAUGGACUCCAUCCGCACACACCCCAGAGGAGUUUCUGAGGAAUGGAUCCUUGACUUCAGACUGUGAGAUCUUUUCCUCCAGGACUCUCCAGAGGCAGGUCCCUGGCAAAUGAACUCAAAAAGAAAGAAAAGAAAAGAAAAGAAAAAAAACCCUCCAAAAUUUAGGAAAACCAAGCAGCACAGCCAAUCAGCCAGAGUCACUGAUUUUUUCUUAAAAAAAAAAAAAGGGGGGGGUGAAGGUGGGAAGUCAAGUCUGUCUUUCAGUUUAUCCAAAGCCAUUGUGUUCUUGUGUCCAUUCCUCUUCUCGAGAGAUGAGCCUCAGAAAGUCUCAUUUCUUUUAACGCGGGCUGAGGUGGAGGUUCCAGAUCUGGGAGGAGAGGGAGGUUCUAGGAGGAGCACGGGAUGCUGGUGUCUGCAGUGCUGAGCACACCCGGAGCGUGUCUGAUGUCGCCGAAUACAGCUGAACUUUUGCAUUGUUUCCUUUUAUGUUUACAGCUGUAGCUUCACUUCAGUCUUCAGUGGCUUCUCCUCCAUAAGCCCCCAGAGUUUACCAUCCUGUCAUCAAAGACACAAAUGAAAGGACUUCCUGGUCUUUUGUCUUGGCCUCACUUUUCCUAAUGCCCCCCCCCCCGCCGGCUUGCAUCCACCAUUGGUCAUCUUGACCGCAACCUCAUUCUUCAAACAGACUCUGAGAAUGUACUUAGUGGUCAGUGGUAGGUACACGAGCACUUUUGCCCUCCUAGUUUGGGGAAUAUACUGGCUGUGUUUAUGGGAUGUGCUUUUUUUUCAAUCUCUCUCUGUCUCUGUGUUUCUCUCUCUCCUCCCCCCAUCACUUCUCUUUAGCAAGUCUCAGGCAAGAUCUUUGAUUUUCCUGAUGCCACCUGGAAAUGUCACCCUCUGUAUUCAUUUUCUGCCAAACGUAACCCCCUUAGCUGUGACUGCUCUGGUUUAACAAUGCCAUUAUUCUGCCUGCCAGAACACGCGAGCCCCGUGUGCGAGACCUACCACUGGUGGGACACAGAGGUCUUUUUUUUUUCCUUUGCGGGGGUAGAGGUAAUUAGGUUUAUUUAUUUGUUCAUUUUUAGAGGAGGUACAGGGGCUUGAACCCAGGACCUAGUGCAUGCUAAGCAUGCACUCUGCUACUUGAGCUAUACCCUCCUUCCAAUGAAGAUAAUUUUUAAGUCAUUUACAGCCACAAUAUUAAGUGACACUGAAUCACAAAGAAUGCUUCCCCUUUUCUGUUCUUUUUCAGCCCUGAUUACAGCUCGGAGAGUCUCUGUUCCGUGCUCACAGGUCUUUAGCGCCUUUCUGAUCCUUUGGCUCUUUUCCCUUCUUAUUAAAAAAAGAGGAGUCCUCAGGUUCAAAGUCUUCUGUUUAGAUGGAACUUAAUAACUUCAUGGGUUUUGUUUUUAUUCUAUUCAUUUUAUUAGUUACCUUCCAUUUGUGGCUCUCCACUUAGGGAUGUGCUAUAUACCUUUUCUGUUCAAACACAUUUACUCAAGAAAAGUGAGUGGAUUCAAAGAAGGUACCAAGUGGUUAACACAACAGGUGAUUGGUAUAUCUGUCAAAAAUAACUUCAAAACUAAUAUUAGAAAUAGUGAUAACGAACCUUCCUGAGCAAGAGAAAAGGCAGCUUACUCUACGUGAAUGAACAAGAGGCGAAGUCAGAACAUCUGAGUUUGCCAUGCCUUUUUCUGCCACGAACUAGCAGUGCACGCUGAUUUUAGGCAAGUUUCUUCAAGUUUCUUCUGCGCCUCAAACUUCUUCGUCUGGAAAAUGGAGAUAAGAACACCUGUCUACUUCACUCAGAGUGUCGGUAUGAGAAUCAAUCACCGUAAUAGAUACGAUUGCCCCCGGAGGGAAAUUCUAAGUGCUUUACAAGUACGAAGCCUUAUUCUUAGAUUAUUGUGAAUCUCAGGCACUUAUUAAAAACCCUGGACCCUAGCAAAAAAAAAUAAACGUUGAUGGACAACAGAUUCCACCUGUCAUUCCACCCAGAUGUCCGUCAUGAGCCAGCACUUGUCCCCGGAGGACACUGAGUCAGGGACAGCCGUUUUCAGCACACAGAGAUCCUGGCAUCAUUCCAGUAUAUCGGAUCCUGAUUUCUGUUUCUCACGCCUUGUUUUCUGUUUGUUUGUAUUUGAGUCCCUAAUCUUUUAUCCAAAUCAAAUGAAGUGUUGCUGAGAGGCAGAAUAAAAAUGGUUUUAAGUAAGCCUGUUUACCACAGCGUGUACAUUAUGUUUUCUUGGGAAUCUCGCAAUCUUCUCGUAACUGAAAUGAGCUCACUCAUCCUAGCCUCAGCUUGUAAGGAAGACCAUAGAGCAGCCGGGGUUGGGGCUAGAGAGGGGUCAUCUCAAAAUAACUUACAGCCUGAAGUGCCCUUCUAGGAGGCAUUGAAAAUGUUGGUCCCACUAAAGUCACUAAGUGAGAACCCUGGGAUGAAGAUGGGGGUCUGAUUUUUUUCUAGGCCCCCAGGGCCUGGCAGAGAGCUUUAAUGUUGACAAAAUGAGAUGAUGGUCUUCUCCAGGGCCUCCUGCAAGGCUGAGGUCGUCCCUGCACCACUCCAGAAAGUACACUUAGAAAGUGGAUUGACCAAGUGAAUCAGCCGGGGGACUCUUUGAGCAGCCAGUGACAAAAAAAUGGCUACAGUAAAAUGAGUUUACUUGUUCAUAUAAUUGAUAAAUUCCAGGGAUGGCUUCAGGUAUGGCUGGAUCUUGGUGCUCAGCAUUAUUAAGAGCUUUUCCCUAUUUCUCAACUUCAACUUCUUGAGAACACUGGUUUCAUAGUGGCACAGUGGCUGCCAGCAGCUUCGGAUUUCUUCCUACCAGCUAAGCAAUGCCUGUGGAAAUAAAGUAACUCUUCUGU